AUGGACGACGAGCGACAACCCAAACGACUCUUCUACGGAGACGUCGCGACGGGUUCUCGCCGUCAAGGAGGCCAGAUUCGCCGUUACAAGGAUACCCUGAAGUCCUCCCUGAAAUGCCUGCAAAGCAACCCCACAAACUGGGAGGAGCUCGCACUCGAUCGACCGACCUGGAGGAGGACAGUGAAGACAGGCGCUGCGAUCUACGAAGCCAACCGCAUCGCUGACGCCAAAGCGAAACGUGAAGCCCGCAAAUCACAACUUCGCCCAGUACGCAACGCCGCCGCACAACCGCUUCCAACGUGUCCUCGAUGUCAACGGACAUUCCGGGCUCGAAUCGGGCUUGUUGGACAUCUUCGGAUUAACUGCGCCUCUCGAACAGCACCAACCAUCGUCCCCCCGCCUGCCUCUUCCUCCUCCUCCUCCUCCUCUCCGCCGCCUACUAACCCUGACAAUUCUUCUGACCCACCACUUCCAUCCUCCUCCUCCUCCUCCUCCUCCUCCUUCUCCUCCUCCUCCUCCUCUUGCUCCUCCUCCUCGCCCACUGCUCCAACGGCGGCCGCUCAGGCGACUGUCCCACGCAGAGCAACCGACACUACCACCACCUCCCCCGAAUCCAGGGAUGAGGAUCAGGACUACACCUGCCCUCACUGCGAUCGCACCUUCACCUCACGUAUCGUCCUGGUCGGUCACUUGCGAAUCCAUCGCACAGAGCCUGGCGAACCAGUGCGUGAAGCAUUAACCUACACCCACCGCACUCGCCUCCACUGCACACACUGCCCUCGCACCUUCACGCAUCGCAUGGGUCUAUUCGGCCACAUGCGCAUCCACGAGAGCGGCCUUGACCGCACUCCCGACACACCCACUACAUCAAACACAUCCACCGUGCACACUUCCACUCUCGUUCCAUCCGUCCGCGACACCACCACCACCACCACCACCACCGCCUCCUUUGUAGCUGACACUGACACCGCCGACUUCUCAUGCCCACACUGUCCACGCACAUUCACCUCACGCAUCAGCCUGGUCGGUCACUUGCAAAUCCAUCGCACAGAGACUGGCGAACCAGUGCCUGGAGCACCCACCUAUACCCACCAAGCUCGUCUCAACUGCCCACACUGUCCUCGCACUUUCAGGCAUCGCAUGAGCCUAUUCGGCCACAUGCGCAUCCACGACGACCUGCGGUAG